CAAAAAAUGUAUGAAUUUCAUAAACGGCCAAGAUGGAAUUUGCAAGCCGUUGGAAGACUGCCCUGCAGCUGAAGAUGAUUUAAGAUUCAGUAUAUUCAUACAGCACUGUCCCACAAAUACAUCAGAAAUUAAAAAAGUGUGUUGCCUUGAAGAAAAGAUAUAUGGAAGAAAUGAAAUGUUAAGGAUAUUAGACACUCCAGAUGAGUGCCUAUCCCUUCACCCCGUAAAUAGGUAUCCUGAAAAGCCAUUGAAACAAGGACAGAAGGCUUGGAAAAUGUGUCUAAAGUAUCAAAACGAGGCGCUGUUUCCCUGCGGUAUACAUUGGCAUCACAGGGAACUCGAAGACUAUAUGCAAUAUGACAUAGUAUCUGAUAUAACAAGACUGGACUUCUGUUCUUAUUAUCACGGUCAUGAAGACAAGACUCUAGGAGGGGGUGGAGUCGACGCGAAAAGGAGAGAAUUCCCUCACAUGGCGCUAUUGGGUUACGGGAAGAACUUUUCUGAAGCAGAAUUCAAUUGUGGUGGUUCUUUAAUCAGUGAUCGUUUUCUGCUGACAGCUGCUCACUGCACAUAUGCCACAGGAUUAGGAAAUGUAUCUUUCGCUGUUCUUGGGACAUAUAAUAGAGAAACCAAACCUCAAGAAAAAUACAUAUAUUUGGUUAAGACUAUUUUAAAGCAUCCGAUGUACAAGCCCCCUAAGAAGUACCACGACAUAGCGUUAUUGGAAAUGAAUAGACGGGUGACGUUUGAUUCCCUGGUGAUCCCCGCUUGUCUGCACGUCGGAGAUGAGGUGGAAGACAGCAGGGUAUACGGAACUGGAUGGGGCAUCCUCGGAAAUAAUAAAAAGCGCCCUAAACUGCUGCAAAACAUUCCCCUGUGGAAGGUUCCUCAGGACACUUGCAGUCUGAAGUUCUCUCCUUACAAACGUCAUCUACCUGACGGUAUUGUUGCCGCGUCGCAGAUGUGUUACGGAGACGACGGGACGCCCAGAGAUACUUGUGAGGGAGACAGCGGAGGCCCUCUUCAAAUUGAGAGUAAUGAUAUCCACUGCAUGUACAUCAUCCUCGGCGUGACGUCAUUCGGCAUCACAGCCUGUGGUGAAGUCGGUUACCCUGGAGUGUACACCAGGGUGUCGAACUAUGUACCAUGGAUUGAGAGCAUCGUGUGGCCUUAAGACCGACUCACCCAGCCUACAGACAAGAAUUGUUUCUCGAAGCAUGAACGCUGAUUGCAUCCCUCAAAUGCAUUAAACUGACAUUUCAAGGUCACGUUACUUAUCGAAAAGAAAUGCCAUUUAUAGAUUAAAUAAAUAA